CACCAGAUCAAUGGAAGUCCAAGCUGAGGUCUUGGAGCCAUUGGAACUACGCUUCGCCGACCUUCUCCUCCUCUCUUCUCCUUCUCCUUCUCCCUUCCCAGAUGAUGCCGAUGACCUCCACCGCCUUCAAUCCCUCUCCUCUGCCGUCAUGCGUGCUCUAGGACCGUCCGGCCCCGGCCUUCUCUCCAUCACCGCCGUUCCUAGAGCCCCUGCUCUCCGCCGCGCUCUCCUUCCCCUUGCCCGUAAGCUUGCUCUUCUCGACAACAAGGACCGCGCUCGGAUCCUGAAGGAGCAUGGGCUGGGAAGUGAUGUUCCUCUUAAGAACCCUGAUCGCAAUGUGUCUUCUUUUGCCUUGCAAUUGAAAUUUGAGCAACAUGCAAGUUUGAAAUUGUCCUGCAGAGGAGCUGAAAAUGUAGAUGUAGGUGAUGAUUUUGGGAAAGAAGGUCUUAAUGUUUAUAGAUCGUCAGACGCUCGUGAUGAUGAGUUUAAGUAUUUAGGAAACACUUUUAAGGAAUUAGGUCUUUGCAUGAUGGAACUUGGACUGAUGCUAGCAUGUGUAUGUGACAACGCCAUUGGUGACGGGGAACUGGAAGAUAGUUUGAUGGGGUCUGGCACUGCAAAAGGACGUCUUAUUCAUUACCAUUCAAAGUUGGACAGUAUUAUGCUUAGAGAUCGAAGCAGGAAGAUUAAGGGAGGUAUAUCGAAAGCACGAGUGAAUGCAUGUAGUCCUUUACUUUGUGACAGAGAAGAGGGAUCCCUGUCACAGGUGCCAAUGGAGCCAUGCAGGAUGAGAAGCAGGACACUCGAUGAUAACUGCUGCAGAGCUUCUUUAUCUGAUUUGUGGCAACAAUGGCACUAUGAUUAUGGCAUCUUCACUGUUUUGACAGGACCGAUGUUUUUGUCAUCUUGCCAAGCUGGAGAUUGUCUUUGUGAUUCAAGCCACCAAGAGUGCUUAUCUCCAUCAGGGCAUACUUAUUUGCAGUUAUUUGACUCUGACAAAAACAAAAUUUAUGUUGUGAAAUCCCCGCCUGAAAGUUUCAUCAUUCAGGUGGGGGAAUCAGCUGAUGUAUUGUCAAGAGGUAAGCUUCGUUCAGCCCUUCAUUCUGUUGGCAGACCUUUAGAACUGGAGAACUUAAGUAGAGAGACUUUUGUUGUCUUCCUACAACCAGCAUGGAACAAAGUUCUCUCUUUUCCAGAUGGUCUUUUAGAAGCAAACCAUGAGAAGGUCUGGUCGGGCAAUGUAAUGCCUAAAUCUUGUGAUGAGGAUAAUGUACUGAGUUCUGCUGCACUUGGAUCUGACAAGCCAAAUCAGUUAAUGCAGGAAAUUUUGAAAAAAAUCCCACCAUUGCCCUCACGGUUGAGAGAUGGGAUGACAUUUGCAGAAUUUUCGCGGGAAACUACCAAGCAAUACUAUGGUGGUUGUGGCACGCAAUCUCAGAGAUAGCCAUUAUUUUUUCGUCUUAGGAAAU